AGGAAAGAAAAUUGUAUAACUGCAAUUUCCAGCCAUGAAUUCAGAAAUCCAAAAAAUAAAAUAAUAUAAAUAAUAACAAAUGAGGAAGAAAGAACAUUUGAUUCUCCUUCUCCCAACUUUUUUCCCCACAAGAAAACAAUAAAUCAUCUUUUCACUUGUACCCAGUCUUCUACUCGGACUAAAAUUCUCCCGUAACCCAUAAAACUUCUUUUUUCCUUUCUUUAUCCAUGUUGUUUAUUGAAUUCCUCGUUUAAUGAAAUGUUGAUGGAUCAAUAGAGAAGCAACGAGUAAAAAGGGGAGAAGUAAAUUAAUUUCGGGAAAAAAUCAAACAAAAUACUCAUGGAAGAAGAAACAUGUGAGGUGCGUUCAGAAGACGAUAAUGCUCUUGCUGAGAAAAGCAAGAAAAGGACAGUGAAAACACGUGCUCAAGUUGAUGCUUUGGAAAAAUUUUAUGAUGAACACAAAUAUCCUACAGAGUCGAUGAAAUCGCAACUUGCAGAGUCAUUAGGACUGUCAGAAAAGCAAAUUUCUGGAUGGUUUUGCCACAGAAGGUUGAAGGACAAGAGAUUAUUAAAUGAGGAACCAUCUGCAAUGGGGAGACAAGAUCGUUCAAGUGGGAUUAUACAGGAUGGUGGCAGUGGAUUUAAGCAAGACUCCUUAGGUAGCACAAAACUGGGAGAAGAUAGAAAUUUUGACACCAAGGAAGUUGAAAGUGAAAGGUUAGCUGGCCAAGAAUUUUCUGCUGCUGACCUCACGUAUGAGCCUGUUAAUCACUAUACCAGUAACUAUAAUCGUAUUAAUGAUCCAUCGUCAGGAGGUAGUUCAUCAUUACGGAAUAUGUCUUCCCAUCAUAAUGGUGACUUUUUUGAUGUGGCAAGCUCGAAAUACCUAACACCAAAGUUUCCUAUGGAUUCAAAGGAUGUUAAAGUUAGGCAUGGCCCAUCAGGUUAUCUAAAAGUGAAAGGUCAGGCUGAAAAUGCUGCUAUUAUUGCUGUAAAAAAGCAGCUGGGAAGUCAUUACCGGGUAGAUGGUCCGCCACUUGGUAUUGAAUUUGAUCCACUUCCCCCUGGUGCGUUUGAGUCUUCAGAGCAGGAACCAGAUAAUGAACCUUAUUGUGCUGGAGAACGUGUUCUGCAGUCCAUUCCUGGCGUUUCAAAAAUCCAGAAGUAUCCUAAUUUCAGCGAGGGAUAUAAAUACAAUUACACCGGCUCUCAUGACGCUGGCAUGGAUGGAACAAAUUUUAGAAUGACGCGCGAAUCUGAAAUUUCCGGAAGUUACCUCCAGCAGAAGUUGAAGAUGAAGACUAGUACGUUGGAUCUUGGGAUUAAUUCGCCAGUGCAUUUUCCCGAAGCUUCUAGAAAAUAUAUGCCAGACUAUGAAAGUAGGGACAGUUAUCAAAAGAGGCCUCGACAUAGUAUUGAAGGGAUGAGAGUGGAAUCUGUUUCUAGCCCUCCUCUUCUGCAAACCAAUGGUGGGAAAGUGAGAGGGGAAUGGACUGAGCCCUUGUUCAGUAAGUAUAAUGAAGUAGGCCCAAAUGUUUCCCGUGGAGGGAACAUUGAAUACACACCAUCAAAUUUUACCAUCAAGGGAAACGAAUAUCCCAGUUCUGAAGACAAAGGAAUGCCAAGAAGAACGAUAAAGGAUGCCAAGGUUUACAGGGAGAGAAUAACGAAUGAAAUUUCUGAGCUGGAUGGAGUUGUUCCCCCGAAGAAUGGAAUGAGUAAUUCAAAAAGAGUUAGAGAUGGAUUUUCUCAGCAACUGAAUAGGAAGAAACUGUCCGUGAUAGAUACCCAUCCAUGCCCGUAUCAACUCCCAAGGUCUGUGGCUGAGAUUCCGUCUAGUUUUAGUGAAGACGAUGGAGGUGCAGAAAUGAGUUCUAUGGAUUGACAACUGGCAAUUGGUAGGAGAAAAUACAGGACAGGGUCCUAAGGCUGUGGUUGUUGAGUACUCAGCUUCAAUGUGUCAAUUGAAAGGUGCUGCAACUUUGUACAGUGUAAAUUUAUUUGCAUUAUAACCUUAGGAAGGUAGUUGUAAUUAUCGAUAAAGACUAUUAGAGGCCCUUUUGGCAGGCUUCAGCUUUUGUUUCAGCUUCUGGAUAGCUUUCUGGGGAAGUUACCUUCUAUAAAUGCUCUUUUAGAUAGACAACACUAUCAGAAAAUUAAUCAAACAUGUCCAAAAGCAAAAUUUUAAUCUC